AUGACCUCCUACUUGCUUCUACUGGUGCUUUUUAUAGCCGUUCUAAUCCCGUUUGCUGAGGCUCAAUGGGGCUUCGGAGGAUACGGACCAUGGGGCGGUUAUCGACCAUGGGGAUACCGACCAUGGGGAUUCCGACCAUGGGGAUACCGACCGUGGGGAUAUGGACCGUUUUUUCGACGACCAUUCUUUGGACCAUGGGGAUACGGUGGAUACGGUGGAAUGAUGCCGUAUGGAGGUUAUGGAGGUUAUGGAGGAUGGCGUCGUUGA